UCUCCUCUUCAGGGAAGCUAAGCCAGCACGCGCCACCGACCAACCUCCCGAACCCGCAGGAUCCGGAGGCAGCGCACGCGCUCGCAUUCCUCCUCCGGCUCCGGCAUUCGUCUUGCCCGCCCGGCGCCAUGCCGCGGCGGGGCGAGACGGCGGUGGUCCCCAUCGAAACGGGCGGCGGCGGCGGCGGCGGGCAGGACCGGCCGAAGAGCCCGCGCCGGCGCAGCCAUGGCCCGGGGCACUACGGCCACGGCCAAGGCCCUAACAGGCACCACCACCGGAGCCGUCCUCCGCCGCCGCCACCGCCGGAGUUCCGGCCGUUCCGGCGGUGGUUCCCGUUCCUCGUGCCGCUCUUCGUUGUCGUCAAUGUCGCGCUCUUCGUCCUCUCGAUGUACAUCAACGACUGCCCCGCGCACGCGCAGGCCGCCGGCGCCGCGAUAGGCGGCUCCGUCGGGGAGGGCGCCGCCGCGGAGGGGUGCUGGCUCGAGCCGGAGCUCGGGAGGUUCGCGUUCCAGUCGUACAAGGAGAACCCCCUCAUUGGGCCCUCCUCCGCAACGCUGUUGAGAAUGGGGGCACUUGAAACUAGUAAAAUUACCAAAGACCAUGAAGGCUGGCGUCUCAUCACAUGUAUUUGGUUGCAUGCUGGUGUUGUCCACAUACUUGCUAAUAUGUUGAGUCUCCUAUUGAUUGGAAUCAGACUUGAGAAGGAAUUUGGUUUCAUGAGGAUUGGCACACUAUAUGUGAUCUCUGGGGUAGGUGGGAGCUUGCUGUCUGCUCUGUUUAUGGUGUCAAAUAUCUCUGUUGGUGCCUCUGGUGCACUGUUUGGAUUACUGGGUUCCAUGCUGUCUGAGCUGAUAACAAAUUGGACAAUAUAUGAGAAUAAGUUUGCAGCAUUGUUAACUUUAGUUGUGAUCAUUCUCAUCAACUUGGCCGUUGGGAUCCUACCGCAUGUUGACAACUUUGCUCAUCUUGGAGGAUUUACAUCCGGGUUCUUUCUUGGUUUUGUUCUUCUAGUUCGCCCACAAUUUGGAUACAUUAACCAAAAGAACUCUCCUCUUGGAUUUCCCACGGGUACACCUAAACGCAAGUACAAGACAUACCAGAUCAUACUCUGGGUCAUUGCUACAGUAAUAUUGAUUUCUGGGUUCACCAUUGGCUUGGUAUUGGUAUUGAAAGGGUUCAAUGCCAGCGAGCACUGUUCUUGGUGCCAUUAUCUGAGCUGUGUACCUACUUCAAAGUGGAGCUGCAACGCACCAAGCAACUAUUGCAUGUUGUCGCAGCUCGGAAAUCAAUUAAAUCUGACAUGCCAAAGCACUGGAAAGACUCAGACGUACACUCUCAACAAUCCAAAUAACACAGAAGCAAUUAAACACCUGUGUGUUGGUUUUUGCAGUUAGCGAUAAAUGCUUUUAAUGACAAGGAGUUCUCAGGUACUGUGCAUUUCUGGAAGAGAGAAAUAGAAGCUGCUUAGACGAGAUUCUCUGGUGAUGCAUAUGUUUGGCUUCUGUGGAUUCAUUCUGUGGUUUGUAUUAUGUGAUGUAAAUGUCAGUGGGCGGUUGUGGAAGAUGCUAACUUGCGGCAGUAGUUCUGAUUUCAGAAAUAUCAAGAUUGUUCGAGUAUAAACUGUUGUAUGAGAGAAGGAAGCUUGGUGAAUCUCUCCAGUAGAUGGUGUUUAUAUACCAUGUAUAAUUAUUAUCCAGAAUAUUACUGAUACUGAGUUGUUGGAUGGAGGGGAACCACACAAGUUUAGGAAGUAGAACUAUAUCCUAGCCUUCAAAUAUAGUUAGAUCAAUCAAACACACCAAGGUCAAGGAUGGCUAUGCAGACCCAUGUAAAUGUCCAACCAUGUAUGUAAUUUAAAUCACAUAAUGUCUCCAAUGUAUAACUACUACCUAGUUCAGUUCAUUUAUGCUUUUCUGCUACUGUUAGAUAUUAUGUAUCAUACAAACAUGUAGUGCUAUAUUCAGUGAGUUAACCCGAGAAGAUGAGCAAACAUGACAAUUGUGAGCUUAUGACAG